AUGCGCCGACCCGGCCAGGCAGGUCUUCCUAGAGUGCGAGAUUCUUCCCCCUCUCAAAACAGUCGGUUUCCCCACCCCGGAGGAAUGGCAACCCAGCGGUGUCUUUCUGCAGGCACGGCGGACUUCUCUCCGGCGUCCUCGGGCAACGCCGAGUUUUCAAAGUUUCCCGGUCGCUCGUCGAAGGCUCGCCCGUCCCUGUCAGCAGCUGGCGGCGGUCCGCCCUUGUACGUUCUGGCCUCCGGUGCCUUGUACGGCAGUGAAACGUUUCAACCCAAGUAUGUGCUUACGCAGAUCAUUGUGCUUCAGUCUGCCUUCUACUUUCUGUAUGCUCUCCUUGCCCUCGGCGCACUCACGUUCUUCGUUGGCGACCGCGGAGACAUGCUCGCGGUUCUUCCAUUCGCUGGGCACGAGGCAACCUCCGACGGCGAUGCGGCUUUCUCGGACCCGGCCGGCCGGGCGGGGGGACUGGUUCCCGCUCGGCGUUUCGUGAUUCGAGAGUCCUCGCCCAACGGAAACGAAGACACUGCAGCGGUCGGAUUCGAAACGGACAGCCGACGGUUUGCCGAACCGCACGGCCGUCAAUCUGCGGCACGAGACGGCGCAGACUUAAAUGAAGGCGCAUCUGGGAGAUAUUGGGGGACGGGGCGAGGAAUGCGGCGGGCAAAGAUCUUGUUUGAGACAGAGCUAUACCGGUUCGCGACCAGGGAAGGCCGCGUUCUCCUUCUCGUCUUGUUUCUCUCGAGCCUCGCAAUGGCGUACCUGGUCUUUUUGGUUGUCCAGAGGACGCGGAAGUGCCUCGACUUUUGUUUUUCUAUUCACUUCUUCCACCUGCUGGCUUGUUGGAUCUUCGGCGGAUUCCCCUCCAACUCAGCUGGACUGUAUAGGAUGGGGAACUCAGAAGCCGCUCUCCCGAAGCGUCAGCAAGAAACUGGGAUGAAUGGAUCAUCCGUGCGUGUCUCCGCGCGUCACUUCUGCAAGUUGGUGGCUGUGCAGCGCGGCAUCCGCAGCGGCUACAACAGCACUCUCCCAGUAUUUUUGCCGGAAAGUCGAAAUGCAAGAUAUUCAAUUGGAAAGACCACCUACCAGUCACCGCCGCUUUUCGUCUGA